AUGGACGGCUUAGACGAAUUCGAAAAGACUCUCGCAGCCGAAAAGGCCGAACGAGAACGUGCAGAGCGUCCCGAUGACGAAAAGCGCCAUCGCAAACAUAGACAUCAUCGACACGAAUCAGAACGAGAUGGCGAACGCGACAGAGAUGGGCAUCGCCAUCGACAUCGCCGGAGACACGACGAUGAUGAUGACGGCCACAGAAGCAAGCGAUCGCGACAUUCGCGCGACGAAGAAGAUGGACAACGAUCUCGACACAGACACGGCGACGACCGACAUCGUAAAACAACUGAUGCCAAAGAAGAUCUCCCCAUCCCGGACGAGGAGAAGACACCCAUCAAAGACCCUGUAGAUAGGACCAAAUCUCUCCAGAGAGACUCAUGGAUGACUGCUCCUUCUUCGAUCGAUGUCGACUACAUCCACCGACCGGACAAGAACAAGUCGCCUCCUCCAAAGCCCGAGCCAAAGCGUGUCGUGUCCAAGCGCGAGAUCAACACGCAUAUCGAAGACAUCAAACAAGGGAAGUCAAUCGACGACCUUGAUCUCCCGACCGAACGAACCGUCGAUUACGCUUUUGGCGACGCUGGAUCUUCGUGGCGCAUGACCAAGCUCAAAGCAGUGUACACAGCAGCUGAGGAGAGUGGCCGCUCGGUAGAAGACGUUGCGAUGGAGCGCUUCGGAGACCUGCGCCACUUUGACGACGCACGAGAGGAAAAGGAAGAGAUGGACCGGAGAAGAAUCUACGGAAAAGACUACAAUGGCCACGAUAAACCAACCGGCGAUCUUCAUCGCGAAAGGAUCAAGAACCAACGCAAGAAUUCACCACCCCCCGAACCCGAACAAGGCACCAUCAUCCCCGACACCCACUCUGAGACAACUCCAUUGAUGGACCAAUCUUCACUCAAUCGUCUCCGUGCUCAGAUGAUGAAGGCCAAACUCCGCCGCGCCCCCAACACCGCUCAGCUGGAGGACGAAUACAACAAAGCAGCAGCUAUGUUUUCUUCCGCCAAGUCCAACCCUGAAGCCGUCGUCCUCAGCGUUAUGGACAACCGCCAACUUGCUGGUGCGCGCAACGAAGCUAAAGCAAUCACCAACAAGCGCGGUCGCGAGCGUGGUAACGUCGAGGAGAACACGGAAAUGUCCAUCGAAGAUAUGGUCCGCGAGGAACGGCGCACGAAGGGCCAAGCAGGCGGCGAAGGUCUUCGUUUGGCGGAGCGCAUCGCCAAGGAUGGGAAAUUCGAUAAUGGUUUGGAUUACAUGGACGAAAACGCCGAGAAACUCGCCAAGCGCAUUCACAAGUCCGACAUCAACCUCAAAAACAUGGCUGUGUCCGAUUUCCAAAAGAUGUCUCGCGCUCUCGACAACUGUCCCCUGUGCCACCACGAGGACAAGAACCAGCCCCCUCUCGCUCCCGUGGUAGCUCUCGGCACCCGCGCGUUCCUCACCAUCGCCACAGAGCCUGAGAUAUCCUCUGGCGGCGCCGUCAUCGCGCCCAUCGCCCAUCGCACGAAUCUUCUCGAGUGCGACGAUGACGAGUGGGAGGAGAUACGGAACUUCAUGAAGAGCUUGACGCGCAUGUAUCACGAGCAGGGCCGGGAGGUGGUCUUCUACGAGAACGCGGUGCAGCCACAUAGACGCAUGCACGCAGCCAUGGUCGCCGUUCCGAUUCCGUACGAAGAAGGUGCUACAGCCCCGGCGUACUUCAAAGAAGCGUUCCUGUCAUCCGAUGAAGAAUGGAGCCAGCACCGCAAGAUCAUCGAUACAGGCGCUAAAGCGCGCGACGGUAUGGGUCGUUCCGCGUUCCGACGCUCUAUCGCAAAGGAGAUGCCCUAUUUCCACGUGUGGUUCACGCUCGACGGAGGAUUGGGCCAUGUCGUUGAGGAUGCCGGGCGUUGGCCGAAGGGUGAUCUGUUUGCGCGAGAGGUCUUGGGUGGUAUUGUCGAUGCCGAGCCGCAUAUCAUGAAGAAGCAAGGGAAGUGGAUGAGGGGUGAUCCGAGAGCUGAAGGGUUCAAGAAGGGAUGGAGAAAGUUCGACUGGACCAGGAUGCUAGCGGAGGGAUGA